AUGUUAUCUGGUGAACAGCGUCAGAAGAAAGAAAAUUUAUAUGAAGAAGCAGCAAAUGAAAGCGAGAUCAUUUGGCUAAUGGAAAAGGAAAAAGAGGAAGUUGAAAACUUGAAAUUAAUUAGAGAAUACGUUGAACUGGCCUUGAAAAAACUGACCUGCUCUAAUGCAGCGCAUAAUUCUUAUGGUCACAGCAAGGUACUGGAGGCAAUUCCUGAACAAUCCAUGUGGGUUAGACAAGUGAAGCUGCCGCGGCUGAAGCUUAAAUCGUUUGGUGGGGAUAUUGAGUAA